AUGGACAAAUCAAAUAAGACAGACCCUCCGAAUUCUAAACAAAUAAGGAGACGAGCGUCAGGCAGAGGCCACGCAGCGCAACAGCAGCAACAGCAGCAACAGCAGCAACAGCAGCAGCAACAACUGCAAGAGCUACAACAGGAGCAACAGCAACCCCAGAAACGGCAGCAAGAGGAGCAGCAGGACCAACAACAGCAGCAGCAGCAGCAACAGCAGCAGCAGCAGCAGGUUUCUAUGGCAGACAGCAGCAACAGUGGGGUGUCUGUGUCUCCUUUAUUAUUAAAUAAAGAUAAAAGACACAAGAAAGUUAAGAAGAAGAUACGAGAGCAGCAAGGGGCAGCAGCAGCAGCAGCAGAAGCAGCAACAGAGGCAGCAGCAGCAGCAGCAGCAGCAGCGGGAAGUACAGACUGCAGCAGCAUAUCAGGAAGUACUGUAGAUGCAUCUGCUGCAGCACAUGGCCUCAAGCUGCCGCCAGGCUGCAACGGCAGCAGCAGCAGCAGCAGCAGCACUGCCAGCAGCAGCGGGAGAGGCAGCAAACUGCGACGAGGCCGCCACAGCAACAAAACGUCUGGGGAGCAGCAGCAACGCAGCAGCAGCAGCAAGCAAAAGAAGCAGAUAAACAUUGCUACUGCAGCAACAGCACCAACAGCAGCUGCAGCAGCAGCAACUGCAGCAGAAGACAGCGAACAACCCCUAUCUCCUGCUGCAGUGAAUGCAGCAGCAGCAGCAGCAGCAGACAAAAUAAAAAGUGCUGUUUCUGACCUCUUAAAGGCAUUACCUGCUGCUGCGGUGUCUGCUGAGGUAUUAAAGAAUACACCAAGAAGAGUUGCUGAUCUUCUCUUAUAUUUUACACAAGGAUACUCAUUAUCUGUUGAUGGGGGGAAAGGGAGAAGGGAAGGAAAGGGAGAGCAGAAGGAGAGGAGACAGCAGCAGAAAGAGAAGGAGACAAAAGGAGACAAGAUAAGAGAUAAAAGGGGAGAGUAA